AUGCCCGAGUACGUCAAGGUUGAGAGCAUCAUCCCCAAGGUCCCCCCGCCGGCCUUCAGCGACAUCGCAAAGGCCUCCAACGACCUCAUCAACAAGGACUUCUACCACACUGCUGCAGCUGCCCUCGAGGUCAAGCUCAAGGCCCCCAACGGUGUUAACUUCACUGCCAAGGGUACCUCUGCCCACGAUGGCCCCGUCACCUCCUCUCUCGAGGGAAAGAAGUCGCUCUCCAACGGCAUCAGCAUCACCCAGUCAUGGAACACUGCCAACCUGCUGGCUACCAAGGUUGAGCUCAACGACACCUUCGCUAGCGGCUUGAAGACUGAGGUCCUCUCCAACUUCAGCCCCGCGGCUGGUAACAAGGGCCAAAAGGUCAACCUUCACUUCAAGCAACCUGCCUUCCACGGCCGUGCUUUCGUCGACUAUUCUGCUGCUGGCGCUAUUGGCACCACCGCUGAUGCUGUCGUUAGCCACGAGGGCAUGGUUGUUGGUGGUGAGGUUGGUUACGAUGUCCAGAAGGCUGCCAUCACCAAGUACUCGGCUGCCGUUGGAUACACCACUCCUCUCUACAAUGCCGCUGUCACUGCCACCAACUCCCUGAGCGUCUUCACUGCUUCUUACUACCAGCGCGUCAACCCCGCUGUCGAGGCCGGUGCUCGCGCAGUCUGGGACUCAAAGUCCGGCAACAACGUCGGCCUUGAGCUUGCCGCCAAGUACAAGCUUGACCCUCUGUCCUUCGCUAAGGCCAAGAUCAACAACCUCGGCAUUGCUUCCCUCGCCUACAACACCAAGGUCAACAGCGGUCUGACCUUUGGCAUUGGUGGCUCUUUCGAUACCCAGAAGCUCAACGAGGCCGGUCACAAGCUCGGCACCAGCUUCACUUUUGAGGGUUAA